CAGCCUUUGCCAAAGUGAAGUUCAUCGGUUGGUAGUAGAGCAUAACCAGCCGAGCCAAACGAAGGUACUCUCACUCAGUCCCAUGUGCCGGAUUCCACCGCGUGUCACAUCCAACGUGGUAACCGAGGUGGCGUGCAGAAAGUAUAUCAUCGCUUGGUCCGGAUUACCUCGCAUUCCGCAAUCUGCAUUAUUCCGCGAUACCGCAAACACGUCAUACCCGGGAUUUCUCGCUAUAGCGAGGUGCAGUUCACUUCUGGAGUUUGUGUCUUGUGUGUGAUACAGAGAAAGGAUUCCCAUUGGAUUCCAUAAGUUUUUGAAACCAGGCAAGUGCUUGCGAAAGUGAUUUAUUUGUGCGUUCCUGGAUGCAGUAGAAGAGGCAUUGGUGCAAGGAAGGAAUCAAAGGAUCCCUGGUUGGUCUUUUUAAGUUGUUGAAACCGAAUUGCUCAAUUCACUUCCAGUCAUGAGUGGAAACGUGUUGGACGUGUUUUCAAGAAGACAAUUUAGCCGAUACUCUGGUGGAAUACAGGUGCUAUGUUAUUUGAAGAAGAGAGAAAGAUGCCUCUAGUCAAUGCCAACAUGUGCGCUGAUUACCUGUUCUACGUAAGUCGAGCGGAUAUCUUCUCCGUGUAUCCAUCCAUCCUGCAGGAGAUCUUGGUGGUGGAGGAACUUUUCCGAACGAAGAAGGUUUCCCCCAUUGGAUUCACCAUCACGACGGACCAACUAAGAUUGCAGCUUCCAAGUGAGUUCGAGUGGCAAUUGAAGCAAUACUUUCGAUUGCUGGAACAGCAGAAGAAAAUCAACGCUGCCACGGAAAGCGGGAUCCAACUGAAAACCUCCCUGGACCUGAAGGAGACUACCUUGUGGGAAUCGAGAGCCAAGUCAGUGGACGAAGUGUCCCCGUUCUCAUCACCAUCGUCGGGCGGAGAUUUGGCAGCAUAUCGCCGCAAGCGUCGCCGCUGCUUUUUGGACAAUCCGAUCGACUUUUGCAACAUCGACGAGUACAAUCAGUGGCGCCUGGAGGACAUUGCCCGCGCCGGCCGACUUCUGAAAAAGCCACCCCUAGAAGUUUCGUUCGAUGACGAGUUCGAAAUGCGAAAAGUUUUCUCCAUGAUCUAUGACGUGUUCCGGUUCAAACUCGUCUUACAACAGGCUUUGAAGAACAUCCACUUUUACGAGAGGUAUCCACAGCUUGAACAUGAAUCGACACGUGUUUGGCUUCUUUUGUAUGAUAUGUAUCUGAGAAAGUUUUCCAAACGGGAGCCUGAAGUCGUACGUCUCAAGAAUAUCCUAUUCAAGGAAGCUGAUUUGUUGGAUAUAGAAUACUGCUUGGAGAGCAAUAGUGUUAAAAUUGCCGCCGCCCUAACACGCAUCCGUAUACAGAACAGUGCUUACAGCUUGAUCACGCUACUCCCACCACAUCUACAGGACGACAAGGUGGCCGUCGUGGUAUCAAACCCGAUAAUCACCGGGUGGAUGAACACUUUCCGUAUUAAAACCAAACGGCUGGCAAACGAGCAUAUGAGAUCAAUAGGGUUCGAGCUAAUAGAGGAGCCGAUAGUUUCGCAAUCUAGCUUACUGAACCUCUUUAAUCCGAAAGAACGAAUCUACAUCCCACUAUCAGUAGGAAAGUACAAAUGGGACAAACUCUGUCCUCAAGUCAUCUAUCUGUACCCGGAAAAUCGGACUGAAUUCAUACGAUCUGAGGUUUUUGCAAAGCACGAGAUCAUAAUACAAGACAGGUCUUUCAUGAUCGGUCCUACAUUUUUCACGAACUUGCUGGAAUUCUACGAGUUGUACGGAGACGUGGUACAAACGCACAUUUCCUCUCCUAGAUCUACGGCCUUCCUGGCGUCGCUGUUGAUCAACAGUAAGAGAUGUCGAAACUUCAUCGCCUUUGGAUGUGGCAGCAAACUGAGCAGUUACCGGGCGUAUAUGAAUGCACUUGGAGUAACUAACGUGCGGCUUUACGCUGAAAACUUCGUGGACGUUCCACACGGAGCGAACAUGAUCGAUAAGGUAGUAGGCAUCUUUGCAAACCCUCCGAGUUCGUACUCGGCAGUUAGCGACCCAAUAGACCUGAUUUGUAGUCGCGGUGGCGAUCUCUCCAUGUUGGAGGUGCUAUCCGAGUCGGAAACGACCGACAACAGCAGGAAACGAGUUGCUAAGGUACUCGAACAGCAACGUGAAACGCUGAAGCACGCUAUGGCUAGGCCGCAAGUUCAGUUUAUUCUGUACCAGACACAUUCGAUCGUGCCUACCGAGAACGAAGUCAUGGUUGAAAAGGUCAUCGAAUACAUCAACCAGAGGGCGUACGAUGUUCAUUUUCAAGCUGCAAAAGAGAAGGAACAGGCUGCUUUGGCAGAGGCAGCAGGGAACCAGAUAGUGAACCGUCUCAUGAUGGGUCGCCAAGAUACGAUAAAAAAGACGGAAGAACCAACGGCUGCAUCUGGCGAUAAUGAUCUUGAUGCAGAAGGAGAGUCACGUAAAGCGUCCGAAGAAGAGAUUGAAGUACCCUUGAGUGAUCAGUUCGAAACGGCAGAUCUACCAGAUUUCUGCCCAAACCGAGAUGCUUGUUUGGAUUUUGAGGAAGAUGGCGUAUUUUUGUCGCUAAUCAAACGAAAGGAGGUUAUUCAGCUGAACUCGAAAUACCUUAUCAAGAUCGCUGAGGUGCGUGGGAUAUUCGGCGAUAACAGUGCAAAUGAAGCGCGGACCAAUGUCAAAGUGACAAAGCGAUCGGAUAAAAAAUCCGAAGAACAGGAAGCGAUUGAAAUGGGGAAUCGUAAGCGACGUCUCAAGCGUCGCGGAAGCAACAUGGAUUCCUUGAUCAGUCGUUUGAACACACCUACGCAGGCUUCCCUGAAGCGCAGUCACCACCAUCGGAUGUCGUCUGUGGAGCAUAAGUUUAUGUUCUUCGACCCGUACCAAGAAUGGUGUCCAAAAUACGCUGGAGUUCGGAGUGAAUACAAUCUAUCUGUUCUAAGUGAUGAUAAACUAUCGCUGCAUUCGGUUGAUGAGAUAUCACGUGCCAGAAUUUGGUGGCGCGAAACUAUCGAACAUGUGCGGAAUGUGAUUCGACGGAAGAAGUUGUGCGAUGAGGAAGACAUGCCUGCGUUGACACUUAAAAGACAAUUUGGACACUGUAAGCUAGCGGAGGGAGAUUUUUCCAAGAGAUUUCGAAGCAGUUACUGUAAUCGUGUGCCGUAUCCGUUACCCGUGCGCAUUUUGGAAUUUAGACAGUACAACUCAGAAAACAGUCUUCUUUAUCGCGCCGAGAAAGGCUCUAAAGCAGUAAUUAAGACGGCUAGACUAAGUCGACAAAACGCGAUUGCCAGCGACCACGGACGACGAUUUCGUGUGCGAUCAUCACAGUCUUGCUAAAAGCUAGAAGGCACAUAGGAAGGCCAGAGUAUGCGUACGAUAUUCAUUAGGUAUGUUCUUUAUAGUCUCAAGUGACCCACCAGAUGCUGUCAACUGAAAUAGACAAUCAAAUAUUUUCCUAAAAUGCCAUGUAGGUCAACAC